UCGAACUCGCCGUCUGGGCAGACGUGAGCCGGCAGCACAGCGCGCGCAAUGUGUCUGAACCUCGGCUAACUACGCGUACAAAAUGUCGAAAAAGGACGUGUUGAAUUUGGACUCGAUCCUCCUGGAGUUGGGCCAGUUCGGCUGGUACCAGAUACGCAACUAUUGUUUCAUAUUAAUACCGAUCGCGUUCAGUGCGGUGUACAGCAGUCAGUAUAUUUUUGCGGCGGGGAAUUUGGAAUACAGAUGCAAAGUGCCAGUAUGCGAAUCGUCCCCCCCAAAGUUCGAGACGAACGGCUGGGGAGGGUGGGCUCUACCCGAUGGAGGGGGGCGCUGCGAGCGCUUCGUGGCUGUGGGGGGCAGCUGCACACCCGAAGCGUUUCACCCCACGGACACUGAGAGAUGCGACAGCUGGAUAUAUGAACAUAACGACACCAUUGUAGCUACUUUCGAUCUGGCGUGUGAGGAAUGGAAGCGCACGCUGGUGGGGACCAUCCACAGCGCUGGCAUAUUCUUUGCGCUCCCGCUCACUGCCUACAUAUCGGAUAGUUUCGGGCGUCGCGUCGCAUUUAUAUUGACGGCGGUCGCACCAGCUAUCAUGGGCGUCAUCCGUUCUUUCUCCACGUCCUAUGUUAUGUAUAUCAUCUUUGAGCUGCUCGAAGCCAUCGUGGGCUCCGGUGUCUACAGCUCCGGUUUUAUUCUAGCAUUGGAAAUGGUCGGCAUAAAUCGCAGGGUGCUGGGUGGUAACAUUAUAUCCUGCACAUUUGCUAUCGGUCAGGCCGUCGUGGCGCUGGUCGCGUGGGCGGUUCCCGAGUGGAGGACGCUUACCAGAAUCAUCUACGCGCCUUCAUUCAUUUUCAUACUUUACUGCUUCGUGAUAGAAGAGAGUGUUCGGUGGCUGCUCAGCAAGGGUAGGAAGAAAGAAGCGGCGAGGAUCAUUUUCAAAGCUGCAGAAAUAAACAAAAGAAAGUUGUCGCCGGAGACCAUUAAGCAACUGACGGACGAGACGACACAGCUGGAAGACACGUCGGUGGUGGAAAACAAGGAAUCUCUCGUGUUGCAAGUGUUGAGAUCGCGAGUGUUGAUUUCAAGACUAUUUAUAUGUGCGUUUUGGUGGAUCACUGUGACGUUUAUAUACUACGGGCUUUCUAUCAACUCAGUGUCCCUCGGUGGAAACAGCUACGUGAAUUAUAUUCUGACCGCGUUGGUGGAGAUACCUGGGUACUGUUUAAGCGUGUUAACAUUGGACCGCUUCGGACGCAAAGCAUCCAUAAUGACCGCAUUCUUUGUGUGCGGUUUAUCGCUCUUCGGUUUACCAUUUAUCCCGACACAUUUGCAGUGGCUGCAAACGAGUUUAAACUUGCUGGGCAAGUUAUCUAUCAGUAUGGCGUUCAGUAGCAUCUACAUUUACACGUCGGAGUUGUAUCCAACGUCCGUUCGUCACUCGCUGGUAGCUCUGUGUUCCAUGGCCGGAAGAAUCGGUCAAGUGAUUGCACCACAAACGCCCCUAUUGAUGGCGUACAUGGAAUCCCUGCCGUAUCUGCUGUUCGGCAUAAUGGCCGCUAUCGCAGGUCUCCUCAUGCUGCUCACACCAGAGACGCUGCACAUCCAACUGCCGGACACCGUGAAGCAGGCUGAGGGCAUUGCCGUUGCGCCCCGAACAAAGAAAACUACAGACAUUAUAGUGGAUUAGUGAUAUCUCCUGUCUAUUGCAGGCUAGUGUUAAUAGGUAAAGUUGUUAAGGUCAAACAUGUUUUGUGACUUCAGCUAAUGUCCGAAACAAACUGUUAUAUUGAAUGCAGCUUUGAGUGAUGUUGGUGUGUUUGAUGAGACUGUAUCAAGAGAGAAAAAUAAGUCAGAAUUGAAAUGACCCUUUGUGAUGCGCCAAAACAGAUGAAGGAAAUUUGAAAACAAUUCAGCGAUGGUAACUGGUCAUGGCGCUGCUACAAGUGUUCGAUAAAUCAUUGUAAUGUAUAAAUAAUAUGUUGUAUCAAGAAAAAUUAGUUAAUUUGGAGUAAAAAUGAACAAAUCUUGUCAGAAAUGGUGACUUGUAAGAGUUGUCAAGUAUGAGUUUGAGUGAAUAUGGUCUUGUGAUUAACUAUGUAUCUAUCGAUGUCUGCCUUUGGGAACUUUUUGUAUACAGAUAAGGUUCCCUAAAUAAUAGUAUAAGAUUGGAUCAAACGUUAUAAUUACAUGCUCUUUUAGUCAUAAUUAUAUGAACCGGCACUUUUGGGAACUAUUAGCUUUUGAGACAAUCGGACUUUUAUGAAAACCCAUUGAAAUUUUAAUAUUACAUUGAUACGUCAGAGAUAUUAUUUAUAAUUGCAAAAAAAAAAUUGUAAAUUCAAAAGCGUUUGGUGUAUAAACGAUAUGCACCUUUGAUCUUUCAGAUCUUAUUGCAAUAUAUAUUUUUUAGCGUUUGGUUUAUUAGCGAUAUGCACCUUAGAUCUUUCAGAUCUUAUUGCAAUACAUAUUUUAUGUACCUUAAAGCAAAUGCAGCUUCAAAAUACCUCUUAUUUUUAGGUAGCAAUAUUUAGUAUUAUAUGAAGUAAACCCAUGCAUCCGACCUCAUAAGACCAUAAUAUAUAAAUUAGUACGUAAUAAGAUAAUUGUAAUUAAGAGUCCACUGUUUUUAAUAUCAUAAAAAUUUUUAACGCAAACAUUAUUAUAGCGAAAGCUUUAUCAAGAAUUCAAUUUUUUUAUUGCGGGUAUACGUUUCUACAUUAAAAAAAAAAUUAAAAACGUAUUCCCGCCUCAAGUAUUGCCAUUGUCAUAAUCACUCUAUUUUGUAUCUACUACACGAACAUAGUUAAAUUCUGAGUCCAUUAGACAACUCAUAGUUGAAAUUUGGAUCUCUGUUUCAAGAAUAAGCUACAUUCAAAUGAAAACAGGCGCUAGUGCGUCCAUCCUGCUCUGGAUUAAAACAAUAAAGCGAUGGCAGAUAUUGCACCGUUAGCUUACAUACUUAACUGCAUUUCAUUAUAUUGGGAAAAAUUUCCGAUAGGUGGCGUUAUGUGGAAAGGAAAGAAAAUUGUAUAACUUAGGUGAGUUAAUAGUACCUAAUAGUUAAAGAUGCCUAAAAGGUAAAGAAAAGACAAAAUUGGCGUGUUAAGGAAUCAAGAAAGAAGAUUGCGAAGUGAUACUAAAUAAACUAGUGUUCUCUUGAUCAAUGUGUAUAUAUUGUUUCAAAAUAAAAUAUUCUACUUUAAAUCCUUCUCAAAUUGAGAAAACCAUGUCACUAUUAUGUAAUUGUAUAUUUUAAUGUUAAUAAUUGUUAUUUAAUAUAUGACGC